CAACAUUUUUUAUUUGUAGUUCGGACGUCAUCUAAUUAACAUUCUUCUCACAAUUUUUAAUAUUUACUCGGAAGUGACAAGUCUAUCAAGAUUAUUCAAGAUUAUUAUAAGUUAUGGCUCCACUGAUUCUUUAUCACUUUGCACCUAGUGCCCCAUCAAGGGCCGCACUUCUCGUGGUACGUAAUCUCGAGUUGGAUGCUGAGAUUAAGGAGGUGAACUUGUUUGCAAAGGAACAAUUAGCACAAGAAUUUGUAAACAUAAAUCCACAACAUUGCGUUCCAACCAUUGAUGAUAAUGGAUUUUACCUUUGGGAGUCUCGAGCUAUUGCUUCUUACUUGGUCGACUCAAAAGCUUCCGGAAGUUCUCUCUAUCCAACCAAUCCAACUGAGCGUGCUUUGGUGAAUCAAAGACUUUACUUUGAUGCCGGAACUUUGUAUCCAAGAGUUCGUGCAAUCGCUUUUCCAGCACUUUUUCUUGGCGAAACUAAAAUCAGCGAUGAAAAGCGAAAACAAGUUUACGAAGCUUUCGGUUUUAUGGAAAAGUUUCUGACUGGACGAAAAUGGUUUUGCGGCGACAAAAUGACAAUCGCUGACCUUUCAAUUCUCGCAUCAUUAUCAUCUAUUGUCCAUAUUGGAGCUUCGUUAAACGAUUAUCCAAACCUCAAGACUUGGUAUAAUCAAUGUGCCAUCGAUGUCAAAGGAUAUGAAGAGAACGACGCUGGAGCAAAGUACUUUGCACAGAAAGUUACGAGUAACUUGCAUGACAAAUUCUAAUAAACAUCCAAACAUUGCCAACCCUUUUGUUUGCAUUCAUUAAAAUAAGGAAGGAAAAUAUAUGAAAUUGCUUGCAUGAUAUCCAUUGGCGUUUUUGAAUUCCCUGAAUAAAUGAUUCAUUUGAAAAAAC